AUGCUGGAAUCAGCCGCAACCGCAGUUGCCAGUAUUCUGGUGCUCGGGUCCGGCUUUGCUAUGGGUGGCUACAUGUACCACAAGUUCUACAAAUGGCUUGUUCUGCGCAAGAUGGAAAACGCCUUCAAACCCGGUGAUCCCGUCUUGGAACUCGCUGCUACCGGCAAGCAAAGACCCAACUCUAUUGCUCAAGACGCGGGGGAUGAUGAGACGCAUUGGAUCCUGCGGGACGAGCAGGCGAAAAUCGAUGCUAUUGUGAACGGGACUGACACGGGACAUUACCACUUGCUGAUCGGGGAGAAGGGGACGGGAAAGUCCAGUAUGUUGCUUGACGCCAUGAAGAAAGUCGAUGGAGAAGGGGUCAGUAUGUUUGAGGCCCAUGCGAAUCUUGAGAUCUUUAGAGUGAGACUGGGCAAGGCUCUAGAUUUCGAGUUCCACGAGGAUUAUAUCGGGUCAUAUUUCUCGGAACGGGGACCCAGAGAUACUACUGCCUUGCUGGAUAUCGAGCGGGCGUUCAACAAGCUUGAGAAAGUCGCGCUCCAGAGGCGCAAAACGGUCGGCAAGCCGUUGGUCUUGAUCAUUAAUAGCAUUCAUUUAUUGCGGGACGAUGAUGAUGGGCGAGACCUGCUAGAACUGUUACAGCAACGCGCUGAGCAAUGGGCGGCCAGCAAUCUUGUCACGAUGGUCUUCAACAGCGAUGAUUAUUGGGUGUAUGAGAGACUGAAGCUGCUGGCUACCAGGAUGGAAGUGACGUCCAUCACCGAUCUGCCAAAAGCCCAAGCGAUGUCUGCGCUCGCAAAAUACCGCCGGAAAUACUUCAGAGAGGAACCGCCGUCAGAAAUCCUCGCUGAAGUGUAUAACCGCGUUGGUGGUCGUUUAACCUUCCUCAACAGAGUCGCGAAGUCGAAGGAUAUGCUCGCUACCUGCGACGAUAUCAUUGAUGUCGAGCGUCGAUGGUUCUUGAACCAAUGUUGGAUUCUGGGAGCAGAGAUGGAUGACGACGUGAUGGAUCAGCAAAAAUACGCCUCCGCUGCUAUGGUCCUAGCGCAAGCUCUCGUCAAUGCCGAAAAGGAGCAAGCCGAACAACAACCCCCUGAAGAUGAUGAUGGCUCCCACACCCUCCCGCAGAUCCCUCUGCACAAGGCACGCCAGAUCAUGACGCGAGCAGAUUUCAUCCGCUCCUACGAUCACAUCAAUCUCUUUACCAUCACCAGCAAGGCAUAUGUGAGAGCCGACUCCGUGCCCAUGCAGAGAGCGUUCAGGAGUAUCUGCGCCGAGGAAGGAUUCGAUGAGCUUCUGGAAGCUACGCUGCAGAGGAUCAGCGACAUCGAGAGUCUUGGACGCACGAGGGAGCUCGUGGCCAAGGAUCUUGUUUUGGGAGGGAAAUAUAAGUUCCUGCUGAAGGAUGGGGAGAGGAGAGGAGAGAAAGUGACGGAGGUGACUUUGGAAAAUGAGGCUGAGGAGGCAGAUGAUGCGAAAUGA